CUGCCAAGGUUAUUGGGUCAAAGUCAGAUAGCGCGUAUAUGACACCUCGGGUGAAUAAUCAAAUAAGAAGUGGCGAUAAGGCGAAUAUCACCCAAAUUGGCAAAUGGCAAACAGAUUUAAUUACACAGACUGUUGACAAACCGAUAAGUUCCGACCCACUGCCGGUGAUAUAAAGCCAAGACGCGGAAGUAACAUUCAGUCAGACGGUACAAUGUACUCAACGCGAUUUUUAUGUUGCCUAAUGGCACUGGUGGCACUUGCCGGAGCCACGCCCACCCCCAGCGAUGGGCGGAUUGUGGGUGGCGAGGUGACCACCAUUCAAGAAUUUCCCUAUCAAGUAUCCGUCCAGUUGCACGGCCGGCACAUAUGCGGCGGAGCCAUCAUUGGGCACGACACCGUGCUGACAGCGGCCCAUUGCUUCGAGGAACCCUGGAGCAGUGCAGAUUACACCGUACGAGUGGGAUCCAGCGGGCAUGCGAGUGGAGGGCAUGUGCUCAGUCUCCAGCGGGUCAUCGCCCACGGCGACUAUAAUCCCCAGAGCCACGACAACGACCUGGCGUUGCUCAUCUUGAAUGCCAGGCUCAAUUUCACGGAGCACCUGCAGCCAGUGCCACUGGCUGCAUUAACGGACCCACCCACCGCGGACACCCGUCUGCGGGUCAGCGGUUGGGGCUUCCAGGCCGAGGAGAGUGCAGUCAGCGGCGAGGUUGGGGUCUCUCCGGAACUCCGUUUUGUGGACGUGGAUCUGGUGGGGUCGAGCCAGUGCCGGCGUGCCUAUAGCCAGGUGCUGCCCAUCACCCGGCGCAUGAUCUGCGCCGCGCGUCCUGGUCGCGAUAGUUGCCAGGGCGACUCUGGCGGACCACUGGUGGGUUACUCAGCGGAGGAAGGUCCGGCCAGGCUGUACGGCAUCGUUUCCUGGGGUCUGGGCUGCGCAAAUCCCGACUUUCCUGGAGUUUACACCAAUGUGGCCGCCUUUCGCAGCUGGAUAGAUGAGCAGGUGGCCGCCAGGGGAUGGAAUGAACUGCUGGCGGGCUGGAGUGGAUUGCAGUGAAUAAUGGAUGAAAAUAAUAGUAUUAAGUGUUGUACACAGUUUAUAUAAGUGUUAUAAAAAAAAUGUAUUUAAAUGAGAAAAAAGAAGACGUGAUUUUAAUUGAUUUUA